ACCUUUGAGUCUGUUCCCUUCCACCCACCGCCACCCCACCCCCCUUCCCCACCCAACCCUUCCUCAUUUCCCCUGUUCGUCUCUCAAUGGCUCUCCCCGCGAGCUCCACCGGAACAGAGCAAGGAGCCCCCCACUCCGCCCCGGACCCGCCCUUCAACCCGCUCGUCCCCGCCCCACCAGUCUCAUACCCGAUCACGACCCUCGAGGACCUCGGGUCCCGCACGUACUUCAACUCAUAUCACUACCCCUUCAAUGUGUCCUCUGUCCCACUGUCCUCGAGACGGCUCCCGGACAGGGGACGCAUCCUCGUCUGCCACGACAUGCAGGGAGGAUACCGGGAUGACAAGUGGGUCCAGGGCGGCAACAACCCCGAUGCUUUCAGUAUUUGGCACUGGUACCUGAUCGACAUCUUCGUUUACUUCUCGCAUAACCUCGUCACUCUGCCUCCUCCCUGUUGGACUAAUACUGCUCACCGGCAUGGAGUCCAGGUUCUGGGGACAUUCAUCACAGAAGGCGACAAAGGGACUGUCAUCUGCAACAAGUUGCUUGCAACGAAGGAAUCCGCUCAAUUAUAUGCUAAGCGCCUGACUGAACUUGCAGUUUCUCUCGGCUUCGAUGGAUGGCUGUUAAACAUGGAGGUCCAAUUGGACAAGCAACUGAUCCCCAACCUGUUGGAGUUCGUGCGCCAUUUAACCGAGAAAAUGCAUUCCUCGGUGCCUGGGUCCUCAGUGAUAUGGUAUGAUAGCGUGACCAUAGAUGGAGAUCUUAUCUAUCAGAACCAGUUGAAUCAGUACAAUAAGCCAUUCUUCGAUAUUUGUGAUGGCAUUUUCGCAAACUACUCUUGGGAGGAGGAUUACCCAAAGCUCUCAGCUGCUGUUGCAGGCAAGAGAAACUACGAUGUCUACAUGGGCAUAGAUGUAUUUGGCAGGGGCACCUAUGGCGGUGGCCAGUGGAAAACAAAUGUUGCCCUUGAUGUUCUGAAGAAAGACAGGGUAUCAGCUGCGAUAUUUGCUCCAGGGUGGGUUUAUGAAACCAAUCAGCCGCCCGAUUUCGAAACCGCUCAAAAUCGCUGGUGGGGUCUUGUGGAGGAUUCAUGGGGCAUGGUUCAAACUUAUCCUAAAGCAUUACCGUUCUAUUCCAAUUUCGAUCAGGGUCGAGGUCAUCAUUAUUCUAUCAACGGAAAUCAGAUAUCUUCCGAUCCUUGGAAUAAUAUAUCGCGCCAAGGAUUCCAACCUUUUGUUAAGUUCGGUCCAUCCAGUACUAUUCAAGUUCUCUUUGACUUUAACGGAGAAUCCUAUAGCGGAGGAGGAAACAUUACAUUCAAAGGAAUUCUCAGUGACAACUCUGCCUAUUUCACGACAAGGCUCUUCCGGGGAGAGCUUCCACUAGGCAGCUCUCCCAUCCAAUUCACAUAUUCGGUGAAAUCAGGAGGGAGUUCUAAGAUCGGCCUCUCGCUCGAAUUCUCCUCUCCGGAAAACCAGCAGAACAAAAUACUCUUAGCCUCACAGGAUGCUACCUACGAAAGUUUGAGCCAGUUCGCAGGAAAUUUCACGAAAGUGCUCAUUUCGCAUGAAGUCUCCAAUCCAAAGUCCAUCCCGGAGUUGGGAUGGGUCCUACAAGAGAAUAGCAUCUCAAUGAAAGGGUCCACAUUAACCGAAAUCCACGCUGUGUGUUAUCAAGAGAAACCUGAUACUGAACUCCCACAAAGCCCAUCAGAAUUUUACGCAGUGCUCGGUCACAUCCUCAUCAAGGCUCCAGGUCGAACCCCGGAUUUCCCACCCGCUUCUUCCUGGAUUGUGGAGGGUCAAUACAUCAAGUGGGGUCAGGGCUCUCAGGGCUCCAGCUCCAAAUCCUUGAGUAUCAAGAUCUCAUGGAAAUUCAAAAGAGGGAAUGGUUCUCCAUUGUACAAUAAGUACAAUAUCUACCUGGUGGAACUGGCUAGAUCGGAGUCGAAUGAUUCGAUGCAAAGGCUUGGCAAGGCGGUGCAAUUUAUAGGAACGGCUCAUGUCGGGGCUUUCUACAUUUCCAAACUUGCUGUGCCGGGUGGAAUUUCGACCAUCAGAUUCAUCAUACAAGUAUGCAACGAUUACGGAGCGUGUCAGGAGUUGGAUAAAUCUCCAUUCUUCCAGCUAAAUGUGCCAGCGAAAUUGAGCGCCAUGAAGGUUGAUGCAUUUGUGGAUGUUGAUGAAGAGGCCACCACAAUAGCAAUUGUCAGAGUGGUUAUUGGCAAGCCGAAAAAGAAGGUUUUGAAGCGUGAAGAUAGAGCGAAAAGGUUAGAAAUUGCAUGCUUCAUGUUGGUGUCCUUGUUGAUAUUGGUGUUGAUUGGACAGUGCUUAGAAUGUAGCGUUGCAAAGUUCAUUCGAUAUUUGUUUUAGUCAUCAUAAAAGUCACUUUGUUGAAAGGAUUAGUGAAUCGUUUCUAAACUUAUACCUGUAUUACUUGUUGAAUAAAGUUAUGAAUGUUUCUCUCCGUA